AUGCCCUUCAUCGGAGGUCAGCCCGCAGGCUUGGCCUCGCCGUGGCGUGGCCGGCAGCAUGUUGCGAUGCUGCCUGCCCGUGGCAUGGUACCUUCCGGCAAAGGGCCGGUCAGCACAAACCGACGUCACUUCCCGGACGUUCGCGCUGAGCAGACGGUCGUGAACCAGCCGGAGCCCAGGAUCCACUGUGCCUUCACUCCGUCUGUCGUGGCGCCCUGGCUGUUGCCCUCCGAAUCGGAACCGUCUUUGGAGAAGGCGAAGCUAAAGCUCAAAGAGCUUGAAGGCAGCCUCACUCGUUCCAUGAGCUCCCUCGAGAAGAAAGACAUACAACGACACCUUCACAUGUUCGGAAUCCCAAAUCUGGACAUGACUCCCCACAAAGGACUCCGCGGACUACGACACAGCAACUCCGCAGAGGUUUUUUGCUUGCCUCCAGAGACUAUGCCGGCGACGCCGGCUACGCAGGUGGCUGCUGCAGCCAAGCCGGUGAAGCCGGUGAAGCCGCAGGUGUCGCAGGUCUUUGGCCGUGAGGCUCCAGCUGUUCCAGAUCUCUACAUACCCAAUCCUCCACCCACUCGUGGACUUCCCAUAAAGGCCACCUACGCUCGCCUCACAGGACCGGCCCUGCGCGCUUUGGCCGAUCAAGAGGUGGUGGACUUCGCCACGAGAGCUCCUGCGCCGGAGCGGGAGCGACGGGUGAGCUUCAAGCCGCCCUCCAGGGUCCUCAGGCCCCCUCUGUCGAAGGCAAGUGAGGAAGGCGACUUGACCAAGACCAGCGCGCAGAGCUUGACGACGACCACUGGCGCUUCACUUCAAGCCUCACAAGCAUCACUGGCCUCAAGCAGUUCCCUGCAUGAUGCAUCUCCAGUGGCUGAGACCUGA